GCGCCAUGCCUGGCUGCUCCUCGGGGCCCGACGCGCCCUCGGGCAGCACCGCCUGCCCGGGCCGGCCAUGUCCUCUGCUCUGGCGGGGGCCUUCCUCCCCGGCGCCUGCGCGGGCCUCCCCUGCCGAGGGCCCGCCCGGGACCUCUUCUCCCGCGGGGGCCUCCCCGGGGGGCCGGCGGGGGCCUUCCCGCCUCGGGGGGCCCCUCCGGCGGAGGCCUUCGCCGCGGAGGCCUUCGCUGCGGGUGCCUUUCCGGCCGGCGCCUCCCCCGCCGGGACCCCCUGGGCGGGGCCCUGCCCCGCCGGGGGCCCGUCGGCGGCGGCCUGGCGAGGGGCUUCGCCGGCGGGGAGCCCCUUGGCGGGCGGCUAUGCUGGCGGGGCACCCCUGGCGCUGCUGGGCAGCCCUGCCGCUGGCGGCCUCGGGCACUCGGCGUCGGCGCCUUCGAGCGCGAAGUUUGCCUUCCAGCCGCGGGUGGGGAAGACAAACUGGCGGCUGCUGCACUCCUUGGACGUGGACAGGGUGCGCAGGGAGGUCGAUAUCGAGACCCUGGAGCAGCUGAUGGACAAUAUCAUGUUGUCGCACUUCGGCUUCGAUGACCUCGAGACCGUUAGCGCGGACAGCAUCAUCAAGCUGGUGCAGCUCUUGCAGCUGUCCCUCGAGCUCCUCUGCUCCAUGUGCAGCUCAUCGCACAAGCUCUUGACUGGCCUGAUGAUGGAGAAGGUGCGGAACCACGGCUCCGCGCUCGCCCAGUCCGCCAUGGCAUGCUCAGAGCAGCCCUCUGUCAGCCCUGGCAGCAGGCAGAAGCUCAGGUGCGCCUACUGCCCCAAGUGCUUCGUGUCCUGGGACUACCUCCAGCAGCACGUCCUGCGGCGGCACCCCGACGCCCUCGCCGGCCCCGGCGAGGCGGCCGC